AUGUUUCGUGCAGGAAAGCCACUUCCCAGUUCCAGGCCAACCCGGCUGAUCAGCCAACCGCUCUUUAUCCUCACCAACCAUGCCAGGACCCUCAAAACGGUCGCGGAGGCAGUUGCGCCGAUCAGCAUAGAGGACUUCAGAAGAGAUGCAUUUCAAGCUCAGAAGCCUCUUCUCAUACGACCAAGCACUAAGCCUCCUGAUAUUAGCGCUGCUAACCAAGAAAAUGAUGCCAAUACCGAAACCAGCACUUCGACUUCACCAACUCUGUCUCUACCCGCCCUAACCAAAUGGUUCACCACCUCUCCGACCUCGGGAAAGGCCUCAUUAACUCCUUACCUGGACAACUUCCGGUCCACCAUACUCCCCUACGAACUCUCAUCCCCAAACUCAGCCCCAGUCUCGGAUUUCAUAUCUUGGCUACAGUCCUCCUCCUCACCAACGGCAUCCAGCGACUCAAACCCCGACUCCAACUCCGACUCCGACUCACAAUCCCGUCUCGCCCUAGCCCACCUCCUCAAAACCUACAUCACCCACCACUCCACCUCUUCCCCUUCCUCCUCAGCGUCCGAGUUCCUCAUCCUCGACCUCCCCCUCCACCUCCUCCUCCUCGCCCACCACUACAACACCUCCCUUUCCUCCUCCCAAAACCUCAAACCCCCACUCACAAACCUCUACAUAGCCCAAGCCCCCCUCUCCCACCUCCCGGCACCCCUGCAAUCCGACCUCCCCACGCCCUUUUUAGUUUCCCACGCCGGCCGCGGCGACAUCUACUCCUCCAGCAUUUGGCUUGGUCUCCAACCGACAUAUACACCCUGGCAUAGAGACCCAAACCCGAAUUUGUUUUGCCAGUUGUGCGGGACUAAAAGGCUGCGGUUGAUGGCGCCCAAGAGGGGGGAGGCGCUGUUUCGGGGGGUUAUGGCUUCCUUGAUGGCGGCUGGUAAUCCGAAUAUGAGGGGGGAGGAGAUGAUGAAGGGGGAGCAGAGGAGGGUUUUGGAGGGGGCUGUUUGGGGGAGUGGUAGUGGUGGUGGUGGUGACGGUGAUGGAGAGGGGCAGGGUACUGAGAUGCUGUACGAGGUGACGGUAAGGGCGGGGGAUAUGUUGUUUAUGCCGCUGGGGUGGUGGCAUAGUGUUAAGAGCGUGGGUGAGGAGGGGGGGAUUAAUGGGAGUGUGAAUUGGUGGUUUCGGUAG